AUGAAUAUUCUACCGCACAAAAGCUAUCACGUUUACAACCUUAAAAACAAAGAACGUGUUCGUAAAGACGAGGAAAAAGCGCAACAGGAAGAAGCAGCAAAAAAUAAGAGAAAGGAAAUUGCGGAACGUGAGCGGAGGUUAAAACUUCUUCGCGAAAAAGCUAGUGCGAAACAUCAAUUAGCACAGGAAGAAACAAAGGAAAUAGCGGCCACCGAUUCAACGAAAAAUGAUCAGGUUCUGGCAAUUCAAAGUUCGUCGGAUGCAACCGACGGUCACAUAAACUUCUGGGGUGAUAUGGAAAAGAAAUUUGCAACCAAUCAAGAAUACGAAGCGGAAAAAAGGGCGAAGGAACAGAAAAUAGAAAGGCAGUUUACAAUGUAUUUUGACGAAGACAUGUCGUUUCAUAUUCUCAACGGUUUUCAAUUGAAAAAUGCAGAUCCAAGACCUUGGUAUCUUGGCACCAGUAAUCAUCAUAAUGACGACGAAAAGUAUUCGAUAGAUGGAACCAUUAAAAAGAAGAGAGAUGUGAAAACUAAAUCUAUUGAUGAUCCACUACUUGCAAUUGAAAAAAGUAUGGAAAAAAAGUCCAAGAAAAAGAACGAUCCUAUUAUACAUUCUAGAUCAAAGAACGAAAAAGAAAGAAAUUCAAUAUCGAACGCCUCGUCAACAAUUGACGAAUUACGCGCUCAGCGAAUUGCGAGAGAACGUGAGGAACGAAUGCGUACUCUCAAACUCCUUAAUCCGCAUAUGGAAACCGGACCACCGAAAAGUCGUUAUAAUUCCCAGUUCAACCCAGAGGCUACUGAGGCAGCUCACAAUUUUGCUGGUCGACGAACCGUGAUAAAAGAUCCAGCGGUCGAACGUUGGUAUAACAUGCGCAUGAACACAAGGGAACACUUUCGACUAGAUGGAAGAAACAUUCGCAUAGGAUUAAUAUCUGUAUUAAUUCUUCCCGUCGGUUGUUAUCUUUUGGCAGCUGCAAAUGACGACAAAUGGGUGUUUACCGCCAGAACCCGUGGUUCCACUUCACUUGAAGAUUAUAAAAAGAAACCGGCAAAGAAGGAUUGA